CCCGAGCUGAGGACGGAGAGCACGGAGGACAAAUCCCCCCGGCAGAGCCUGGUGGGAGAGGCCGUUUUGAAGGGCUCCCCGGCGCAGGAAGGCAGCGGGGAGGAAAAGGCCCGGAGAUGCCCCCGGAGGAGGGGCUGCAAAGCCAGCCCAGGGAGUUCUGAGGAGGAAAGACCCGUCCUGUGCCAGGAAGGCGGCCAGAGCUUGAGCCAGAGCUCUGAGCUGGUGGUCCCUGAGCAGCCUCCCAGCAGGGAGAAGCCCUUCAGGUGCUUGGAAUGUGGGAAGAGCUUCAGGAAGAGUACCUGCCUCCUCAGGCACCAGCACAUCCACACUGGGGAAUGGCCCUACACAUGUAGGGAAUGUGGAAAGAGCUUCAGACACAGCUUCACCCUUAUCCAACACCAGCACAUCCACACUGGGGAACGGCCCUUUAAGUGUGGGGAAUGUGGAAAGAGCUUCAUGACUAGCUCCAACCUCCGCACCCACCAGCGCAUCCACACUGGGGAACGGCCCUACAAGCGCUUGGAAUGUGGGAAGAGGUUCCAGACCAGCUCCAGUCUCCUCAGGCAUGAGCAGACACACACUAUGGAGAGGCCCUUCCGCUGCACCGACUGCGGGAAGGGCUUCAAAGAGAACGACACCCUCGUCACCCACCGACACAUUCACACUGGGGAGAGGCCCUUCAAGUGUGGGGAGUGUAGGAAGAAAUUCACCCAGAGCUCCAACUUGACCAAACACCAGUGGACCCACCCUCCCAGCAGGGACAAGCCCUUCAGGUGCUUGGAAUGUGGGAAGCGCUUCAGCUGCAACUUCAACCUGAUCCGACACCAGCACGUCCACACUGGGGCACGACCCUACACGUGUAGGGAAUGUGGGAAGAGCUUCUGUGACAGCUCCUCCCUGAUCAAACACCAGCACAUCCACACUGGGGAAAGACCCUUCAAGUGUGGGGAGUGUGGGAAGAGCUUCAGUGACAGUUCCACCCUCCGCACCCACCAGCUCAUCCACACUGGGGAACGGCCCUACAAGUGCUUGGAAUGUGGGAAGAGGUUUCAGACCAGCUCAACUCUCCUCCUGCACCAGCGGGCACACACAGGGGAGAGGCCCUUCCGCUGCACCGACUGCGGGAAGGGCUUCAACCUGAACUCCGCCCUCAUCAAACACCGGCGCAUCCACACAUGGGAGAGGCCCUACAAGUGUGGGGAGUGUGGGAAGAGCUUCACCCAGAGCUCUGACUUGACCAGACACCAACAGACCCACCGGUAAGAGAAGCCCUUCGAGUGCCCCGACUGCAGGAAGAGCUUUGACCACUGCUCUCACCCCAAGUGACCCCCCUGAUGGUGAGGCAACCCCUGGAGUCCAGUGACUGUCAGUCCAUCUCUUUCUACCAGAAAGGGCCAGUCCCCUUUGCCAGGGAAAGGUUCUGCCAACACAACCCUUCUUGG